CAACACUUCUACGUCUCGCAUCCACCUCUCUCCACCAACGCACUUACACGUACACAUCAUGCCUGCCACAAACUGGGCCGACGAGGUCGAUGGUGAAGAUCAGCCCCAGACCUUCACCGAUGCCAACGGCAUCACCACCAUCAUUGAAUACAAGACCAACGAGGACGGCAAAAAAGUCAAGGUCACUCGCCGCACUCAGAAGAAGCUGAUUCACGAUGUCGUUAAUAAGGCUGUAGCCAGUCGCAAGAAAUGGCCAAAAUUCGGCAAGGAGCGCGGCAACAAACCUGGUCCAGAUCCUGCCACAACCAAUGUUGGUGACAAUAUCAAGUUGAAGCUCUCUUCGACUGGACAGAUUGUGCAGGAGGUAGACGAGAAGCACGAGGCCAUGAAGCAGCAGCUCCAGAACAAGAAGAUUCUCUGCCGUAUCUGCAAGGGCGACCAUUUCACCACAAAGUGCCCCUACAAGGAUUCUCUUGGCAUGGAGGAUGCUGCCGCUGCUUCUUCUGCCGCUGCCGAGGAAGCCGCUCCCGAGGAACAGCAGGUUGGCGGCAAGUACAUUGCUCCUCACAUGCGUGCCGGAGCUACAGGACCCAAGGAUCGCGACUUGAUGCGCGAGAAGCGCGACGAGCAGCCCACGCUCCGUGUCACCAACUUGUCCGAGGAUGCGACCGAGGGCGAUGUUUCGGAGCUGUUCAAUCGUUUUGGUCACAUCUCUCGCGUCUUCUUGGCACGCGAUCGCGAGACCAAUGUCUGCAAGGGCUUCGCCUUUGUUUCGUUUACAAUGCGUGAGGAUGCUCAGCGUGCGCUUGAGGCUAUUGACGGACGUGGUUAUGAUAAUUUGAUUCUUCGUGUGGAGUGGGCCAAGUCAUCUGCUUAAAUAUCUUUGUGUUUGUAAUAAAUCUCAGUCGACC